AUUAAAAUAGUUUUAGAUCAAAGCAAAAAAUAUGAUGUGAGUGAUAGUUCAAAGUGUUUUAACACUUUAUAAGUUGUAAGAUUGUUGUUAAUCUAUAUAGUUACAACGUUACAGUUGAGGUUACAUGUGUUUUCUAAAACGGGAAACUCUUUUUGUUGCAAUCUUUUUGACUUCAGCUAAAUCAUGCCCUACACCAGAUGCGGUGUAUACUCCUCCUCCACCACCUUCUGAUGGUUACAGGGGGGGAAGUUGUAAAAUUCCAAAUGAGUGUGGUGCGCAGCAGAUCUGCACCAAGAUUGGUAUUUGUCAAACUCCUGACUGUUCAACAGAUGCAGAUUGUGAGGCUAAAACAGAUCAUCCUGUAAAAUGUGAAUGUGAUGGGAUUAAAUCUGUUUGUGUUCCUCAACUCUGCAAUAGUAAUGAUAAUUGCACAAGGCUCGGUGAAGGGUAUAAAUGCUAUAUGAAUCAAUGUAAACCUACCUAUGGGAAUUGUAGUAGCACCUGUCAGUGUGUUGGUAUGUACGGACUACAACAAGGAGAAGGUAUAUGUGAGGAAAACAACUGUUUCUGCAGAACUCCUCACUUAUCAGAAUGCAUGUCAAUUGGAACAUUCAGUAGUCCACACAGUACAGAAGCUACUAGUCCACCAGAAACAGAAGCUACUAGUCCACCAAGAACAGAAGCUACUAGCCCACCAGGAACAGAAGUUACUAGUCCAACAGGAACUGAAGCCACUAUUCCACCAGGAACACAAGCUACUAGUCCACCAGGAACAGAAACCACUAAUCCACCAGGAACAGAAGCUACUAGCCCACCAGGAACAGAAGUAACUAGUCCACCAGGAACACAAACUACUAGUUUUUCAGGAACAGAAGCUACUAGUCCACCAGGAACAGAAGUAACUAGUCCACCAGGAACACAAACCUCUAGUUCACCAGGAACACAAACCUCUAGUCCACCAAGAACAUAUGCUACAAGUCCAGCAGGAACAGAAGCUACUAAUCCAUCAGGAACAAAAUCCACUAGUCCAUUGGGAACAGAAGCUACAAUUCUGCAAGGAACAGAAGUCACGAGUCCACCAGGAACAGAAAUUACUAGUACACUUGGAACAAAAGCUACUAGUCCACCAGGAACAGAAGCUACUAGUCCACCAGGAACAGAAUCCACUAGUCCACUGGGAACAGAGGCUUCAAUUCCACCAGGAACAGAAACUACUAGUCCAUUAGAAACAGAGACUAGUACACCAGAAUCACAAUAUACUAGUUCACCAGAAACAGAAGCUACUAGCCCACUAGGAUCACAAUAUACUAGUCCACCAGGAACAGAAGCUGCUAGCUCAGCAGGAACUGAAGCCACUAGCCCGCCAGUCACAGAAGCUGCAAGUCCUCAAGCAACACAAUAUACUAGUUCACUAGGAACACAAUAUACUAGUCCACCAGGAACACAAUAUACUAUUCCACCAGGAACACAAUAUACUAGUCCACCAGAAACAGAAGCUACAAGUCCACCAGGAACACAAUAUACUAGUCCACCAGUAUCACAAUAUACUAGUCCACCAGGAACACAAUAUACUAGUCCACCAGAAACAGAAGCUACUAGUCCACCAGGAACAGAAGCCUCUACCUCACCAGGAACACAAUAUAUUAGUUCACCAGGAACACAAUAUAUUAGUUCACCAGGAACACAAUAUAUUAUUCCUCCAGAAGCACAAUAUACUAGUCAACCCGGAUCACAGUUUACAAUUUAUGGACCUGAUACUUGUAUAAUUCCUCCUUUUCAAGGUUAUGGAACUCUAAAUGAUACUUGUAGUGUUCAAAGUGCUUGUAAUCAGUUUUCUGACUUUGUGUGCUCUAUGGACAAUGGAACUAAUGUGGGUUUCUGCAAACAGAUACCUUGCACAACAGAUGCAGAUUGUUAUCAAGGAUCAUCUUUUCCAAUGGAAUGUGGUGGAAGUUACUGUAGGAAGAAAGAUUGUUCCAACACAGAUUGUCCAAUGGGAUAUGGUUGCUACAGUGAUGGACAAUGUAAAAAGAUUUUAGGAGAAUGUAAUUUUCUUUGUGAUUGUGGGGAAUGUCCAGAUUUAGAUUGUUAUAAAAACCAAUGCUUUUGCAUUAAUGAUUAUGAUGACUGUGGAAUACCUGCAGGAUUACCAAAUCCUCCAGUUGAAGGUUUCAUUGUUCCUAAAAUAGUUCAUGAACAAUGUUUUGUUGCUGAGUGUCCAGUUGGUUGGGUGAAAACAAAUGUUGGCUGUUACAACCUAAUUUCAGAGCCCUCCUCUUUUGAAGAUGCUAAAUCCCGCUGUGAAUCACAGAAUGGGUAUCUUGCUAAAGUUGAUUCCAAAAAGGAGAUGGAAGAAUUACUCAGUUAUGUUCUUAUGGGAGAUAUUGAGGCAUGGAUUGGACUAACAAACAUAGAUGGUGUUGUUAGUUGGUUGGUUGACUCUACGCCUUGCUUCUACUCUCCCAUUACUUACAUAAGGAUUGAGCCUGACCCAUUAAAGAGCUGUGUUCAAACAAUCAGCACCAACUGGCAAAACUCUGUUUGUACAAGUUUGCUGCCUGGACUUUGUGAAAUUAAUCCAAGCAACAAAUACAAAAAAACUAGUUCACUUGGAACAGAAGCUACUAGUCCAUUGGUCACAGAAGCUACUAGUCCACCAGGAACAGAAGCUACCAGUACAUUUACUAGUCCACCAGGAACAGAAAUUACUAGUCCACCAGGAACACAAUAUACUAGCUCACCAGGAACACAAUAUUCUAGUCCUUCAGAAACACCAUAUACUAGUCCACCCGGAUCACAGUUUACAAUUUAUGGACCUGAUACUUGUAUAAUUCCUCCUUUUGAAGGUUAUGGAAGUGUAAAUGAUACUUGUAGUGUUCAAAGUGCUUGUAAUCAGUUUUAUGACCUUGUAUGCACUAUGGACAAUGGAACUAAUGUGGGUUUCUGCAAGCAGAUACCCUGCACAACAGAUGCAGAUUGUUAUCAAGGCUCGUCUUUUCCAAUGGAAUGUGGUGGAGGUUCCUGUAGGAAGAAAGAUUGUUCCAAUACAGAUUGUCCAAUGGGAUAUGGUUGCUACAGUGAUGGACAAUGUAAAAAGAUUUUAGGAGAAUGCAAUUUUCUUUGUGAUUGCGGGCAAUGUCCAGAUUUAGAUUGUUAUAAAAACCAAUGCUUUUGCACUAAUGAUUAUGAUGACUGUGGAAUACCUUCAGAAUUACCAAAUCCUUCAGUUGAAGGUUUUUUUGUUCCUAAAAUAGUUCACGACCAAUGCUUUGCUGCUGAGUGUCCGGUUGGUUGGGUGAAAACAAAUGUUGGUUGUUAUAAGCUAAUCUCAGAGCCCUCCUCUUUUGAAGAUGCUAAAUCCCGCUGUGAAGCACAGAAAGGAUGUCUUGUUAAAGUUGAUUCCAAAAAGGAAAUGGAAGAAUUACUUAUGUAUGUUCUAGACAUGGGAAAUAUAGAGGCCUGGAUUGGACUGAUAAACAUUAAUGGUGUUACAAGUUGGUUGGUUGACUCUUCACCUCUUGAUUACAGUCCCAAUUCUUACAUUAGAAUGGAGCCUGACCCUGUAAAGACCUGUGUUCAAACGAUAAGCACCAACUGGCAAAACUCUGUGUGUACAAGUUUGCUACCUGCACUGUGUGAAAUUAAUCCACGCAACAAAUACAAAAAAUAGUUAACUAAUGCAAACUUUGCUAAUAAAACUAAUACAAAUCAGAUGAUAGAGAGUAUUCAGAUUUCAUCUAGUGGACGCAUUCUUUGUUUUUGCUUAAUAAAUUUGAUAUUUUA